AUGUUAUUCAAUAUGAUUAUACUUUACAAACUAAUCGUCGUUUUAAUAUCCAGUAUUUACCUAAUUGGUGUGAAUUCCACGACUAAUGUUUGCGACUUGCAGCAGAAAACAUUUGAUCCUAUCAUUAAAGAUGGAAAAGCCUUGGAAAUAUUCUACUUCGUGAACGACACAAAAGAAACGAUUCAGUUGACAUGGGCAGGUGAAAACAGUGGAGUUUUGAUAUUAGUGACGAUGACUGAAGGGGAAUCCGGUCCUGGUCUAACUUCUGACAUCUAUCGUAGUGACAACAACGGCAAAACAUUCACGAAAAUCACUAAGGAGUUAGGUGAGAAUAUAUAUAUCCGGCGUGAAAACGGCUUGCAGCGCCAUCAGAACCAGAGGGAUUCCAAGGAACUAUUUGUUAUAUGUUAUGACGUGGAAAACAUGAGCAAAUCUAUGAUAUUCGUUACUGAGGAUGGGGGUUCAACUUGGGAAAGUUCCAGUAUACCCUUUGUUUUAAGUGGCCAGUUGCGUUUUUAUCCACGUGAAAGACUUUCACCUUGGGUUUUGACACUAGAAGAAAAAUCUUCUAUUUUGUAUCUUUCACUGGACAAUGGAAAAACGUGGCGAAGCAUUCAUGAGAAUGUUGUAGAUUACUUUUGGUCUAUUUAUGAGUCAGAUCCUGGAGAAGCUAUAUAUAUCCUCUAUCAGACACAGUUGCACAAAAAUGGAACUGACAGGCAUAUAUUAGCCAAAUCUUCAGACUUUGGACUGACUUGGUCCGAGCUCCUCAAGGACGUUAUUCGAGUAUGGGCACCUCGUGGAGUUAGAGUUGACAUACCGAAACCACAUGACAGAAACAGCAUAUCUUUCGAUCCAGAAUUGGUGGAGGAUUAUGAAACAAUAAAACUCGGCCACUUUCUCUACGCUUCACAUUACGCUGAUUCAGAGAACCAAACAGUGCAGCUGAGUGUAUCGACUGACGGUGGAAGGACAUUUAAUAAGGCACACUUGCCAACAAUACAAUCAGAACGGUUUUAUUCAGUUCUGGAGGUUGAAGAUGAUUCAGCUUUUGUUCAUGUGGAUGCGCCAAAUGAUACUGGUUAUGGAGCAUUAUUUAUAUCAGAUAUUACUGGUACAGUAUUCAGUGAAUCUCUUAGGCAUCAUUUAUACCCGAAUCAUGCACCAGUGACAGAUUUUUAUCGUGUUGCAUCAAUGCGUGGUACUUAUUUAGCUACACGUUUAAAUCCGGAUCGUACACUCUACACAGUUAUUACACACGAUCGAGGCGCUAGUUGGCAUGCUUUAGGUGCUCCGUUGAACGUUCAAGAUAUGUGUCAAAGUAAAUCGACAGCAGGAAUGAUGACAACAAUAACAACACCAUCCAUGAUGAGAGCAACUGAGGAGACUACAGCUACCAUCUCGUCUAAGCCAUCUGUCAGAAUGAAAAACAAUGAGAUUCCUGAGGUACAGAAUGAUGAUAUCAAUGGGGCUGACAGUAAACAAAACUUAUUAACUACAGAUCGUAAUUCAUUGAAUUCUUUAUCCAAUCCCUCAAGAGAAACAUCCCAAACAAAUGAAGAGAAUACCACUCCGAGUGAAAUUUGGAGACCUGAUCCUAAUAUGAGUGAUUCAUUGGUUACAGAUACAUCUUCAGUAAAGGCUUGUGGUCUACAGAUCAGUAAUCAGUUCAGUAUUAAAAAUCGUGUUAUUGCAUCUCCACCACUGUCAAUAGCAGCAGCUCCAGGAUUAAUAUUGGCUCAUGGACAUGUGGCUACACAUUUAAAAAAUACACCAGCUGAUGUAUUUGUCAGCUCAGAUGGUGGUUACACAUGGCUUAAGGCUCUUGAUGGACCACAUCACUAUCAAAUAGCAAAUCGUGGAGGUUUACUUGUAGCUGUACCUGCGGAAACUUUAUGGCCUGAUGUAUUACGUUUCAGUACAGAUGAAGGAAGGUGUUGGCAUACAAUUCCAUUGCGUACUGGCCAAUGGAGUGUCAGUGAAUCAAAUCGAUAUCACAUUAAUAAUGACAACAAUGAUAUCAUCAAAGAAAAGGUCCAUGAUCAUAAUGAUGAAAGUGUGGACGAUGAUGAUGAUACACAAAAUAAAGUAAAGCUAGCUAAUGUGGAAGUGACAGAUAUCCCGUAUUCCAAGGCUCAUGGGAUUGUUCUUAAUAAAGACACUAUCUUCAAUAACCCUUCAUCGUUAACUUCCACUGCUGCUGCUACUACUACUACUGUCCCUGCUGGUACUACUACAGUUAGCAUCAGUAAAAAUAUUACCAGCUCCACACCGGGUAUAAUGUCUACACCGCAUAACAAUCAUUUUCAGCAAAAUGAUGAUGACGACAAGUGGUCUAUGUCCUCUCAAAAGUCUGAUGAGAUUGUUGUGUUUACCGGGUUAGUUACUGAACCUGGUGGCAGAGCCAUGGCUGCAGCUGUUUACGGAUAUGGUACAGCUACACAAAGGUGGAGAGUAGCAGUCGUCGACUUUCGAACAAAUGGAAUCAUUAAAAGAAAAUGCACAGAUGAUGACUAUGAGAUUUGGAUACCUCAUUCAAGUGAAGAAAGUGGUAAAGACGGUUGUCUACUGGGUGUUAAGGAACAGUUUAGACGUUUGAAAAAAGAUUCUCUUUGUGCAAAUGAAUACGGCAUGGAAACUCGUGUACAGGUGGAAUUUUGUCACUGCACCCAAGCUGAUUAUGAAUGUGAAUAUGGUUUUUAUCGUCAACCUGGAUCCUUGAACUGUGUAAGAAAUCCGUAUAUUCCACCGUUAGACCCGUGCACUUUAUCCAAAGAACAACGCCAAACUAUUCAUCACUUAGGUUAUCGUCUAAUACCAGGCGAUCGUUGUAUAGGUGGUUGGAAACCUCCUCUGUGGAAUCAGACUAUUUUAGAUCUGGUGAAAUCAUGUCCACAUGAAGUUGAUGAUGAGUCAGCUGAGCAUAAUUCAACUGCAUCAAUUAUUUCAGUUAUCUUGCUUCUAUUUGGUUUAACUCUACUUCUUGCUUUAUGGAUAAGAUCAAAUCGUAGAAAUGCACAAAUGCUAAGAUCAUCAUCAAAUUAUCGAUACAAUACAACAACAACAACAUCAGUAACCAGCUUCAAGACAACAACUAAUAAUGCUUUGAAUCGUAUACAAAAUUGGUUUAUACCUGUUAUUUCAUGGAAAAGAAAUAACAUUAAUAACACUGUUAGUGGUAAUCAUGGGCUAUCAUCAAGAUAUGGUGAUAGUCAAACUGUUCUAUGGCCACAUUUAUCAAUUAAUUCAAUUAUGAAUUCAAUGAACUGGAAUAAUGCUGAACAGAAUGUCAACUUGAAUCCAUAUGGAACUAAGUGUAUACAACCGAAAUAUUUUAAUAAACAGAAGAAUCAAAGAGGUGAUAACAACAUGAACAGUAAUCAUAUGUUUGUAGACAGUAAAAUAGUUACACCGAAGAAAUCAACACAAUCAACUUUAAUUCCAAGCUUUUUAGGUGGUGUACAUCAACAUUUCAGUCGAAAGAAUAAUUCAUUAGAUGUGACUAAUCUACUAGAAGCUGAAGAGAUUUCAGCAUCACUAACAGAUCUCAAUGUAAAGUCAUCAUUGAUCAAUUUGCAUGAAUCAUUUCCUGAUCCAUUAGCCUCUUUCACUCAUACAAAUCAAUCAACCAAACAAUCUAAUGGAUUAAUCAAUGUGUUUGACAAUAAAAAUGAUGGUAAUGCUUCAGCUACUAAUAAUACUACUAAUUAUGAAAAUGAUUUAAAUCAGACCAAUGCUCAAAACAAUACACCACUGAAUUAUCAUUAUAAACACAUAAUGAGUUAA